CACCAUUCAGACAAGUUGCCAAGUUGGACAACAACGUCACUGCUCGCACAGUCUGUUUUUGCAUUUAUUCUUGUUACUUUGUCAUCUUUCAUCAAGCCUGUGACUUGAAAGUGAAGAUGGGCAGCGACAUCACCUUCCUGCGCUUUGGAGAGCUUCCCUUUGAGAUCCGGGAACAGAUAUGGCAAUAUGCCUUGCCGGAUGGCCAAAAUGUUGUUAUCAUUGGAGGACCACUAAGAUGGGAUUCCCGCUAUCCCUGUAUUAAGAACCCCUGGAAUCAAAAGGAUCCUCACAAUGGAAAUCUUGCCUCUUACCAACCUCCAGCUUUACUUCACGCCUGCCAGCAGUCUCGGGCUAUAGGAUUGAAGACAUACCCCAGAUGCUUCAACAAGCAACUCGGCAAACCAGUCUUGUUCAACUUAUCUAGAGAUCUCCUCCUUUUUUCAGACGAUUAUUCAUUCAACCGUUUCCUCAAGACAACAUUCAACACGUUUGGCAUGAAUGACUUUGGCCUUCCCGUUGACCUCCGCUUUUUGGGAAUAUGUGGGCCCAUCCGAUGCGAACCGGCUCAUUACGAGACUACUCACAGUCGACUCUAUCUCUUUGACCGUCUUGAAGAGUUGAUAUUGGAGAAUCAAACACCACUUCCAAAUGAUGAAGUAGAUCUCCCGUUUGUGGAGGACCUGAAGGAGGAUCUUAAACUUCCAAAGGUCUCCUUUCUCUCCUUGGAGGAAAUCAAGCGAAGGGCAAGACAAGCCGCAUAAUAAGCAGAGAAGGGAGACUAUCGGAAGCCCAAGGUCUUGUAAUUAUGAGAAUUGCGAGGGCGUACCCACCAACAAGGCUGUAGUCCGGGUCGGCGAGGAUCUUUAUCCCACU